ACUUUUUACCUGAACGCAUCGUCCACCAACCCUACAAAUCCGGAUUCAAGUAACCAGAUCCUUUAAUCAGUAUAAAAAUAAUCAGCCAUAUUGGGCUUAAGUUUUCUCCUUGAAAUCCGUUUUUGUGAUCAUGAAAGAUAUUUGGUACAACGGGCAAUUGUAAAUUAUAUCUAUUGCAAAUCAUAAAUAAGUAACGCAAAUCUGACGAAUGGCGAUGUGAAUGUGAGAAUAUUCCCUUUGAUUUCCACAAAUUCUAAAAAAUUAAUCAAAAAAUUGUUCAGUGGUUCAUUCCAUCAGUGUGUAUGUGGCUUUUCAAUUUUUAUUUUUUUUUGUAUUUAAAUAAACCAAGUUGGUGUUAAAGAAAAGGAAGUCACAAAGUAAACAUAUCUCUGAGAAGUGAGUUUGUGAAGUAUUGACCGAUUGUGUGGUGGAACAUUCCGUGGUUUUUUAAUUUUAGAAAAGUAUCUAUUUUCUUUCAAAUGGAACAUAUGUGCAUCUCUAAUAACUAAACUAUAAUAUUUUUUCUCGAAUGAAUACACAUUAUUUGCCCAUCAGCUGCUAUUCUAAUUGUUACGAUUUGAAUAAGAUAUCAACAGAUAUGCAUUAAAAUUUUAUUAAACAAAUAGUUCGACAAUAUUGGGUAUAAUAUAUUAUACAAGUGAUAGUUUUAAUCUAUUUAGGCAAAACAAAAACUGGCUCGGUAUAGUGACACCAGAGGAGCGGAGUCUCCCGAAAGUGUACGAGACAGUGGAGGUAUUUGUUGGUGGACUCCCUGGAAUACUAUGGGUUGUUUUGGGUCUCCUGGCUCAAAGCAAGCGGAUGCCAAUCCUGAUGAUUCAAAGAGUCAGAAACGCCGGAGUGACGCCAUUUCGAAGCAAUUACAAAAGGACAAACAGCUAUAUAGAGCAACGCAUAGGCUGUUGUUGCUUGGGGCUGGUGAAUCUGGCAAGUCUACAAUAGUCAAGCAAAUGCGUAUUCUUCACGUUGAUGGAUUUUCCGAGCAAGAGAAAAAACAAAAAGUCGAUGAUAUUAAAAAGAACAUACGCGAUGCUAUUUUGACUAUAACUGGAGCUAUGAGCACAUUGAAUCCUCCUGUAGCUUUGGAAAAGAAGGAAAACGAGUCUAGAGUUGAAUAUCUUCAAGAUUGUGCUUCAAGUCCUGAUUUCAACUAUCCACUAGAGUUUUAUGAAUCUACUGAGGAACUUUGGAAAGAUCGUGGUGUACAGCAAACUUUUGAAAGAUCUAAUGAGUACCAAUUAAUCGAUUGUGCGAAAUAUUUUUUAGACCGGGUUGGAAAAAUAAAACAACCAAAUUACACACCAAGUGAACAAGAUAUUCUUAGAUGCCGUGUACUAACAUCCGGAAUAUUUGAAACACGAUUUCAAGUUGACAAAGUUAACUUUCAUAUGUUUGACGUGGGGGGGCAACGAGACGAACGGCGCAAAUGGAUUCAAUGCUUUAACGAUGUUACUGCUAUAAUUUUUGUUACUGCCUGCUCCAGUUACAAUAUGGUUUUACGUGAAGAUCCUACACAAAACCGCCUUAGGGAGUCGCUUGAUCUUUUUAAAAGCAUUUGGAAUAACAGAUGGCUGCGCACAAUUUCUGUUAUUCUUUUUUUAAACAAGCAGGACUUGCUGGCAGAGAAAAUCAAGGCUGGAAAAAGUAGACUAUCAGACUAUUUUGCAGAAUUUCUCAGAUAUGAAACGCCAAAUGAUGCAAUACUAGAUGCUGGUGAAAAUCCUGAAGUCGUAAGAGCAAAAUACUUUAUCCGAGAUGAAUUCCUGCGUAUUUCCACUGCAAGCGGAGACGGCAAACACUACUGUUAUCCACAUUUCACAUGUGCAGUUGAUACUGAAAACAUCAAAAGAGUGUUCAACGAUUGUCGGGACAUUAUACAAAGAAUGCAUCUGCGUCAGUAUGAACUUUUAUAGGUUAAUAAAACAAAAACCCAAAAAUUAUAGAAAAAUGUUAAACAAUGUAAUACAAUGUUGCAGAUGAUCAUCACAAAAAAAAAAACUAAAUACCGAUGGUACAAUAUUGCUAUGUUGCGUAUUAAUACCAUUUGAACACGCCAUAAAAAUAUUUAAAAAUAAAAUAUUAAUUAUUUAUUGAAACUAACUCAUAAUAUUCAACCAUUGAAUCAUAGGACAAUUAUUGUAACUCUAGAAAAAUGUGAAUAUCAUACAAAUUAUAUAAAUAUAAUAUACAAAAACUGUUUAUACUACAUAAGAUAAAUUGAAAAAAAUGUAAAGCUUUCCGCUAUAAAUAGGGUAACCCUAAAAUGAAACGUGUUAAUUUGUUUUUCUUAUAAUUUUCUUCAUAUUUUUAAAUCUAUGUAGGUAGGGUAGGUAUAUUAUUUUAGUAAACAUUUUCAUUUGAUAUCUGCAAAACGUUUUUACUAGAGAGACUAUAAGUUCGAAAGGUUUAAUUUUCUCUCAGAAAAUACUUAACGCGCAACUGAAGUGAAGCGGUGAAUCGUAUUUUCGGUUACUAUAAAACUUAAGUAAACAAAAUAUUAUCUUUUCGUCAUACUCUACAUACUUUCCUCUAUGUAUAAGAUUUUGAUUAUUGAUUUAAAAAACAAAAAACAAAAAAAAAAACAAAACAAUUUUGUUUCACUUCAGCUGUGUAAUAGACUAAAGAUAUUAGGAUUAAUCGAUAUUUAAUUUCAAACUUGAAAUUUGAUUCUCUCCCAAAGCUAGGUUUAAACUUCAUUCAAAAAAAGCAAAUAUAAAAACAUGAAAAAAUUAUCAAUCGUGAUCAAGACCUGUCAGAAAAAAUAAAAUUGCUCUUACUGAUGGAAAAUGUAGGAACAGUUUGUGAACAAAUUUGUAUCAAUGAAUAAAAUAGACAUUGCAGAAUUAGAAGAAAUCUAAAA